GUGAUUGAGUGGCUACAGCAUAUCAUAUAGGCCUGCACACAAACACACUGACAAAGUAAAUUUAAUCUCAAAUGCAGUCCACAGCCCCAACUGCAACUGUUGUCACUGUUGUUACUUUUGGAAUUAUAUUUGUAGACAACAUAAUGGGGAAUAGUCUAGACCACAUGAAAUACAGCAAAUUAGUGCUGAGUAGAGAAUGUUCUUGUUGAUAUAAUGUGACGUUGGCAGCUGUUUGCACUUGUAAACAUCAUGUCACAAUUAUAGCAGUUGAAUUGGGUGUAGCUGAUAAAAAACAUAAUUAAUAUCAAGGUGAAUUGUCAUUAAGGAAUGCGGUUAGAACAGCGCACCUUAUGAGGCGCUGCACAAACGGCGAAGGGCAGAAAGUUUGGCCGCGCAUUUGAUCAUCUUAAAUCAUUAAUACAACUUGUGAAUACAAAAGGAUCACUUGUAGAGUCGCGCUCCCACCGUGGUUUGUAUAUUCCAGCUGUGUGUCACGCCUCUUAUUUACAACACGUGCCGAAAAGACUUCCGCAAAGGAUACACCGGUGUAUCCUCGCUCAUUGCUCCUCCGGCAAGCGUCCUCGCUCCUUGAGAUGCAUUUUAGGAAUUGAAACGUCCUUCAGGAUGGGCCAAUAGUUUCAAUCUAUCAUAAACAACGACAAUCAAGGUAUACAUUAUUAUUUCACAUACCCAGACCUUAUAGAUGGGCAAACAAAAAGGCAAUCUCUUUAUCAGAGUAUCGUGCGAGUCCGGUACGUUAGUACCUUAAAAUUGAGCAGCCUUCAUCUCCCGUAGUAGCCUACUACGUUAACCAGAAUUCUUCUCUCUGACGUCGAAAACCCGAGACGAGGUCAAAACAAAACCGGUAAUUGAAAGACAGACAACGCUCGUGGUGGAGACACUGGUAAGUGCCUCUGAUGGCUGGUCGACUCCUCAAAGUCUCCUGUCUGGCCACAGCAGUGUUUACCUCCUCUGGGUUUUACCUCUACAACAGACGGUUGGACCUCAAUGACCUUAGUGUCAUCCGCUUUGGACGAGCCGCAGCCACCACGGCGGCCAUCAGUUACGACUACCUGACUGCUUUCAAACAUGUGGAAUAUGGCACAGAGGAGUACUGGGCACUCAAGUCCAAGGUGCAUCUUCGGUCAGCAGAGCGUCUUCGAGACUUGUGCUGUGCCAACCGGGGUACUUUCAUCAAAGUGGGCCAGCACCUUGGUGCUCUGGACUACCUGCUACCUGAGGAGUACACAUCCACACUGAAGGUGCUUCACAGCCGAGCUCCUCAGAGCAGCAUGGAGGAGAUCCAGCAGGUCAUCCGAGAAGACCUCGGCAAGGAACUGUCAGAGUUAUUUGUCUCCUUUGAGGAGAAGCCUCAGGGUGCAGCCUCCUUAGCCCAGGUCCACAAGGCAGUGCUGCAUGAUGGGAGGACAGUGGCUGUCAAGGUCCAACACCCCAAAGUCCAGAGACAGAGCUCCAAGGACAUAGUAGUGAUGGAGGUGUUGUUGAGGGCAGUCCAUUGGCUCUUCCCGGAUUUUGCCUUCAUGUGGUUGGUGGAGGAGGCCAAGAAGAACAUGCCACUGGAGUUAGACUUCCUUAAUGAGGGACACAAUGCUGAGAGGGUGGCCAACAUGCUGGCCCACUUCCCCUUUCUCAAGGUUCCCAUGAUCCACUGGCAUCUUUCCACAAAGAGGAUCCUGACCAUGGAGUUUGCUGAGGGAGGGCAGGUCAACGACAGGGACUACAUGAAGGAACACGGCAUCAAUGUCAACGAGAUAUCAGAGAAUCUGGGCAAGAUGUACAGUGAAAUGAUCUUCGUCCACGGCUUUGUUCACUGUGACCCGCACCCGGGCAAUGUGUUAGUUCGAAAGUGUCCCCAGAACAGGAAGACUGAGAUCGUCCUGCUCGAUCAUGGCCUUUAUCAGGUCCUGCAGCCAGACUUCAGGUUGGACUACUGUCGGCUGUGGCAGGCUCUGAUUAAAAGUGACAUCUCUGGGGUGGAGCGUUACAGCCGCAGACUGGGAGCUGGAGAUCUGUACCCACUGUUUGCCUGUGUUCUCACCGCUCGCUCCUGGACCGCCAUCAAUGCCGGCAUCAGUUCUGCGCCUGUCACACACUCUGAGGACGUUGAGAUACGGACCAAUGCAGCUUUAUACCUGCCCCAGAUCAGCGAGCUGUUGAACCGAGUGCCCCGGCAGAUGCUGCUGCUGCUGAAGACCAAUGACCUGCUUAGGGGGAUUGAGACCACCUUACAGACCAGAGCCUCCUCCUCAUCCUUCAUCAACAUGUCCCGCUGCUGCAUACAAGCCAUGGCCAGGCACAAGAGGAGUAAGGCUCAGUCCAUGAGGAGGUGUCUGCAGAUCACGCUGGCAGAGUCUCUGAACCUGUGGAAACUCACUAUGUAUGAACUGUUUCUGUGGGUGAAGGGCUCCUCGUUGGUACAGUGGCUCACUGCUCUGCUGGCAUUUUUGCACUGAAGACACAUCUGGAAAUCACAAUGGAACAUGAACAACAGGCUGCAACUGUUGGCUCUCGAGGGGUUUAUAAUACACUGCAUAUUAACACAUUUUGAAUAUGUGCUCAUACAUUCUCACACAUGCAGACACACACUUACGUUAAUGACACAAUUUGUAACUCUCUGGAUACAUACAAGGCCACAAGUUGCUGAUGUCUUUGGACACCAGGAGCAGCUAUGGCUGCUGAUAAUUUUUUAAACCUGUUACCUCAAGAUCACAACUUUUACUAUUUGUCCACUCGGCAGUAUUGAGAGAAACUAUUUUCUCACGAUUGUGACAGAAUUGUAUUUAAUUUACUCAAGAUUAAAUACUUUUGUUUUACCCUUAUUUAAUUCAAGGCCAUUAUUGUCAGAUGAUUCUUCUCAUAAACUUGAGAUUGAUAUGAACCAUAUAUUCAAUAUUUACACCAUGCAGGUACCAUCAUGCCUGUACAGAGACCAAAACCAACCAUAUCUGACCGUAUAUUUUAAAGAGACAGAGGACAGAUCCAAGCCAGCUACUUUCACACUUUAUGCUAAGCUAAGAUAACCAUGCCCUGACUCUAGCUCUGUACUUAACGUACAGACAUGAGAUUGAUAUCCAUCUUCUCAUCUCACUUUUGGAAAAAAAGCAAGUAAGCAUUUCCCAAAAUGCUAAACUAUUCAGUCGGGGGGCAUAACCACCUUAUAUUUUGUUAUUAAAACAUAUUAUUAUUACUUGAGGUACCAAGCUUUCUAAAAUAAUGUGAGUAUGAUCAGUUAUCAUAUUAUCUGUCCGAUUAUGACAUUCACUAGUCAUGAUCUUGAGAUAAUAGGGUCUUAAAUUAUCAUGUGCAACCUUUAAAGCAGGGCUAUAUAUCUCAAACUCUUGACAGCUACAAACAAUUCACUCCAACACACAGAAAAGACAGUGAUGCAACAAUGGAGGUUGAAACAAACAGGUGGAUAGAAAGAAAAGUUAACAAGCAGAACUGUAAGCAAUAAAGCAGCCAGAUACCAAAUUAGUUAGUAACACAGCCUGAAAGUUAAGUAAGUUAUACACAAAGACAGGAUUCCAGUCCAGGGGCAGAGUGCACUGACAAGCAUGCAGGUGCAGGUGGUGACAGGGUGCAAUUCACCUUCACCUCCAUCUCAUGACCAAAGAGUCAAAUUCAGGCACACUAUUGUUGUUGAUGAGGGCUGCUGAAAACCAGAUACUACACUCUUAUGAAGAAGAAUUAUAUGAAAUAUGAGAGGACUUUUUAAGUUUUAGUCACAGCAGAGGUGAUCUGUAUUCAGUCCUGGUAGUGUUCCUGCCUUGAUGAUGAUGGAUUGGACUGGAUGUUGGACUCCUCAACAAAAUACCUCAGAAUGAAGUUUGCAUCAAGUCACAGAAUUUUCUGGUGACGCCGAAUGCAUGGAAUGCUUUUUCAGCAUUGAGUUUCAGUCUUUUCAUUGUUAUAAUUAUUGUAUAAUUAUGAAUCAUGUUUACUUUUUCAUUGGUACUGGUGUUCUUAGGUCAUAUACUGCACACUCAUUCCACAAGCACACCAGUUUGUAUUACUGUCAUAUUGUCAUUAGGUGUUAUUUGCUGAAGUGUUGUCACUCUGAUCAAAAGUGAUUCUUUCUUCAGCUUUUACAUUCCUGCUGAUAAUUACUUUCUUUUCCUGAUAAGGCAACUUAACACUUACACCUGAGACAAACUUUGGCAGGUUGUUCAAAUUUUGGCAGGCUCCAACCCCAAUGUGUAACAAUGUGUGACUGACUAUGAUUGGUCUAAAAUUUUACAUAACUGAUUGUGUGGCUCUGCAGAAAGGCUUCUACUCUGGCUCAUUGCCUUAUUUGAAAUCUUUUUUUUUUCUUCAGAAAGUGGCUUAAAUUCUGUAUUUCCAUCUUCCUAUCUUUGUCUCUGUCACUGCUGUAACUGUUGUCACCACAGUUCACGAUUAUCUCCCUUGCCUGUGGUUUGUUGAUUUGAAUGUCAGUCAAAAGUCUUUUUUACAGUCAUGGUGGGCAGCUCUUGAAAACUUUCACGAGCAUCGAAGGUUUGACUUUAUAACAGUAGUCAAAAGUCUGUUGCUUGGUCACAGUUAUAUAGCUUUCACAAGAGAGGCAAAGUCACAAAUUUGUGUGCAUAAUUACAUUUAGGUGUGCUUGUUUGGUCUGUGUAAAGCUGCCUGGAAUCAUUCUGUCAGUCUGUUUUUUUCCCUAGUCUAUGGGACUACCUGCCAUAUUACAGUACUUUGAGGUUUGCCACAUUAGAGAGUAGUGUUGAGAGUAGUUGAGAGUAAUAUCAAAAGCAUUUUCCCCUGUAGAACAGAUUCCCUUUAUUUGUUAAGAUGGUGACAUGUUACUAUUUCUAUUGUAUUUCUUUUUUGGUGGCAUCAGAUCCUGCCACUUUCUGUGAGUUGGAAUAAGUAGGUAGAAACAAAAUUGUUGGAUGUUUUAUCAUUUAAUAAUAAAUAAAUUAAAAAGAAACAAAAAUGUAAGAAA